AUGGUUGAGAAACUGGACGAGCUGAUUACUGCCAAGGCGGGCUUCCAUCACAAGUUCUCCAUAACUGGACAGACCUAUUCAAGGCAACAGGACGUGCAGUUGAUUUUCGCUCUGGCUGCAAUUGGUGCAGCGGUGAAGAAGAUUUGUACCGACAUUCGUGUUCUGCAAGCUAUGGGUGAACUUUACUCGAAAACCUUUGAGAAGAACAUCUUCGAGGGACUUACUGUGCAGACAGAAAACGUUGCGCGAAUUGUGCGUGAAGAACUACCAUUCCUUGGGCUGGAAAAAGCGAUGAUGUGGCUGACAGAAGAAGGUGUCGACAGGCAGAAGGUGAACGUUUCUUCUAUAUCGGUUGUUUUAUUUGCUGUUUUCAACGGAAGGCUUUCGUAUGGUGCGGCAGCUUUUACGCUGGUUGCAUAG